UUUCCAUCUCAGCAAGCGCAUCCGACACGAUGGCAGAUAAAAGACCUCCGAUCCAACACUCCGCUACGACCUCUUAUGGCUUCUCUAACAGCCAUCCCUCGCCCCGAAUUUCCUCAUCAUCUGGUACCACAUUCUGUCUCAACAAUCACUUCCACAAUCCCUCUCAUCCUCCGGAACCUGAAGCCCAACUAACACCCUUAACGACUACCCAAUCGCCCCUCUCUUUUCGGCGAGGGAGGGGAAUGACAUUUGAAGAAGCUCGUAAGGAAGGAAUCAUCAGUCAGCAUGAGAGGAGCGGUGACUUUGACGGAUUACCCAUAAGUGAUGAUGAAAUAUCAACACUUCCCAAAAAGUUACGCCCGUAUUAUCGCAAUUUAGCGCGCUUGCGCGAACAUUACUUAGAAGUGGAUGGGAUUCUAUCAGGGGAACUGACGCACAACAUCGCGUUAUCUUUUACUCCCUCGCGAACAUACAUGCAAAGAUUAGGUGACCUCGAAGAAGAAGUGGCCAGUCCCAAAGCGGCAAGGAGAGAUAGCUAUUGGAGAACGAAUGGAGCAAGGGGAGGGGAUGGGUAUGGGGACGAGAAUGGAGAUCCAGGAGAGGAAACACCAUUAUUAGCAGAUGCCAAAGCUGAGAGAAGAGAGAAACUUGCUCGGUUAGCGCUCAGUAUAAACACUAUAGUUAACAUCCUUCUUGUCGGAGGAAAAACCGCGGCUGUUCUCCACUCAUCGUCUAUUUCCCUUGCUGCUUCUCUUGUCGACUCCGCCUUAGAUCUUUUAAGCACAUUCAUCAUCCUAGGAACGAGUCUGGCAAUAGGCAUGAAGACAGAUUCACACAAAUACCCGACAGGGAAACGGAGGUUUGAACCAUUAGGAGUGUUGAUCUUCUCGGUAGCCAUGAUUGCUUCUUUCGUGCAGGUAUUCAUAGAAUCAUUUAAAAGGACUAUUGGACCUCCCGAAGAAGAUCCUAUUAAUCUUGGACCUUUAGGUGUGGGAAUUAUGCUUGUCACAAUCGGUAUCAAAGCAAUCUUAUGGGCUUGGUGCUCCCGUAUCCCUUCAUCCGGUGUGCAAGCACUUGCACAGGAUGCAGAGAACGAUGUGUUCUUCAACGCCAUGUCUCUGGCUUUCCCCUGGAUUGGUUCGUUACUUCAUUGGAGAUUACUAGAUCCAAUCGGAGGUAUGAUCCUUUCGUCGUAUAUCAUCGUGGAAUGGAUAAAAACUCUUCACGAAAACUUUGCAAACUUGUCUGGUAAAACUGCAUCUGCAGACCAAAUUACACGAGUACUGUAUCUUGUCUCAAGGUUCAACCCAGUUUUGGAGAUUGCAGAUAUUGAAUGUUAUCAUAUCGGAGAUGAUCUAAUUGUGGAGGUGGAUGUAAUCCUUCCCAAGUCAAGCUCACUGCACUAUGCACAUGAUGUCGGAGAGACUAUACAAUGUGUGAUAGAAAGCUUGGACGGCGUAAUUCGAGCUUAUGUGCACUGCGAUUACUCCUCUUCCAACCCCCUACAGCACACAUCCCGGACCCCGCAACCGUACCCUAUCAACCGCUUCCAAUCCUCUGGCGGCUCUUCUUCUGGCUCCGGAUCCGGAACUCCUACACCUCGUCCGAUACACUACCUUAACUCGAAUACAAUGGGUCUCGAUGGCAUAAAUGAGAUAACAGCACCGACGAGUACCAAUCCAAAGUCAUCUGGUGAGGGGGGUAUAGGGCAUGAAGGAGAUAGACCUAGUUUUCAAGGGGAAGGGAGAUGAAAUCUGUACUCGACAGUAUGCUGCAGCGCUCAUAGCUUACUAAUUAAGGACGAGACCUGCCAUCCUCUCCAACGGUUUUAUUGUUUAUCCAUCGCGAUCGAUCCAGCAGGUUUAUGGAAAAUGAAAGAGUCAUUCAUCGGAACGACAUCCACCAUUGCGAAGGAAUGAUAAAGGGGCGAGAAACGCUGAUGACAUCGAGGCGGCUACUGAAACAUAGGUCUUGGAACUCCAAUGGAUCAUUCUGAGUAUUAAAACCAUUUUUGGCUGAAAUUGGAAUCGAUCAGGAUGGUUCAGGUAUUAACAGUCAUCGUGCUUGCUUCAUGAAAGAAA